AGGGGGCUGUGAGAGAGAGACAGGCAGGCAGGCAGACAGACAGACAGGCAGGGUGUGGACUGAAUCCGGCAGCAAAAAGGAGCAGCGCGGGUUUUAAUCCCAAUUUAUCACCGACAGCAGAUUGAAAAGGUUCGAGAUCCACAGUCAGAUUAAAAUGUUGGAUGUGCCGAGCAGCCAGUUCGACUCGUUCCUGUUCUGGAGGCAGCCCAUCGCCACCGUGGACUUGUCCGAGCUCGAGGACCUGGGACUUGCUGAGCCGAAAUCCAAGGACGGGUCUCUGGAUGGGAAAAUGGGGAAAAGUUCUCCCAAACUGGAUGAUGAUGACCUGGAGCUGUUCCAGUUCUCCACCUUCAACUACUGGAAGGAGCCAAUCGCCAGCCUCAACACACUGGACUUCAACCUGCUGCUGCUGUGAAGCCCCGCCCCCACACAACCACAGCCCCACCCCUAGUACCAAAGCCCUGCACCCACACUCACAGCCCACCUCUGGUAUCACAUGCCCCGCCCCCAGUCCUGGCUCCUCCCCUGACACAGCAUAGCCUCCUGAUUAUUACAACAAUUUUCUUUUCCUCUAAAUUGUUUUCUGUCCUGACAAAGUGCUGUCACGCAUCAAAGUCUCGAGUAUUAAAUUAAAGAAAGUAAAUGUAAAUUUUUGAUGGAGAUGAAAGUGUAAAAAGUGAGCGUCGUCUCAUAGCGCAGGUCAUUUUCACAGCCGUCAUGUUUGUGUCAGCUGUAAAACGUAUUCUUCUAAACUUCAGUGUUUCAGUCCUGAGUAGUGAUGAUGAUGAUUUCUAAUCUCUUUUAUUAAACAGGACAGGGUGGAAUGUGAAUAAAGGUCAGAAGUGUUUUCUCACUGAGUGCUGCUUGUGUGUUUCUUCAUCACUUUAAAGUGCUGAUGACA